CCGGGUGCGGGUUUCUAACAAUGGUGCGAAGCGCCGGCGCGAACCCCGCGUCCGCCCAGCGGUGGUAGAGGAAGUGGCCGGGCUCCGGGUGGGGUGGGCAGGGAGACGCCCCCCCCGUCACUCGCUCGCUGGAGUUUGCCUGCGCGCCGGGCCUCUCCGGCCUCGGGCUUCCCCUCCGGAUCACCGACGGCAGCUCGAGCCGGAGAGUAUGGUGCCAGCGCCCGGGUUAAUCUAGUCCUCGGCUCGCUCCUUUUUUCCUCCUCUCCCUCCUCCUUUACCUCCUGUCGGUGCCGCCUCUGGGUUCCCGGCGUGUGGGAGUACAACUCUCUGCCUCUCCAAGGAGACUGGCUUGUGACCACCUAACCUAACUUGCCCAUUGAAAGCAAACCCAGAACAGCUGGAUAAUGUCCACUCCGAGCAGAUUCAAAAAGGACAAAGAGAUCAUAGCCGAGUAUGAAAGUCAAGUCAAAGAAAUUCGAGCUCAACUGGUAGAACAACAAAAAUGCCUUGAGCAGCAAACGGAGAUGCGAGUUCAGCUUCUCCAGGACCUGCAAGAUUUCUUCCGGAAAAAAGCCGAAAUUGAGACGGAAUAUUCUCGGAACCUAGAGAAGUUAGCAGAAAGGUUCAUGGCAAAAACAAGAAGCACUAAGGAUCAUCAGCAGUACAAGAAAGACCAGAAUUUGUUGUCUCCAGUGAACUGCUGGUAUUUGCUCCUGAACCAAGUGAGGAGAGAAAGCAAAGACCAUGCAACCUUGAGUGACAUCUACCUGAACAAUGUGAUUAUGCGGUUCAUGCAAAUAAGUGAGGAUUCCACCAGGAUGUUUAAAAAGAGCAAAGAGAUUGCAUUUCAACUUCAUGAGGAUUUAAUGAAAGUUCUUAACGAACUGUAUACGGUGAUGAAAACGUACCAUAUGUAUCAUGCAGAGAGCAUCAGUGCAGAAAGUAAGCUGAAAGAGGCUGAGAAACAAGAAGAAAAGCAAAUUGGAAGAUCUGGUGAUCCAGUCUUUCAUAUUAGACUAGAAGAGAGACAUCAGCGACGAAGCUCUGUAAAGAAAAUUGAAAAAAUGAAAGAAAAGAGACAAGCAAAGUAUUCGGAAAAUAAACUAAAAUCGAUAAAGGCACGAAAUGAAUAUCUCCUAACCCUUGAAGCAACCAAUGCCUCAGUUUUCAAGUAUUAUAUUCAUGAUCUUUCAGACUUAAUUGAUUGCUGUGAUCUUGGCUACCAUGCAAGUCUGAACAGAGCCCUAAGAACAUAUCUCUCUGCGGAGUAUAACCUUGAAACCUCCAGACAUGAAGGCUUAGACAUUAUUGAAAAUGCAGUUGACAAUUUGGAGCCCAGAAGUGAUAAGCAGAGAUUCAUGGAGAUGUACCCUGCUGCCUUCUGUCCACCGAUGAAGUUCGAGUUUCAGUCUCACAUGGGUGAUGAGGUAUGUCAGGUCAGUGCUCAACAGCCAGUCCAGGCGGAGCUCAUGCUCAGGUACCAGCAGCUGCAGUCUCGACUGGCUACGCUUAAAAUCGAGAAUGAAGAGGUUAAGAAAACAACUGAAGCCACCUUGCAGACAAUACAAGAUAUGGUCACCAUCGAGGACUAUGAUGUGUCUGAAUGCUUCCAGCAUAGUCGCUCCACAGAGUCUGUGAAGUCUACUGUCUCUGAAACCUACCUGAGUAAGCCCAGCAUCGCCAAGAGAAGAGCGAACCAGCAGGAGACUGAGCAGUUCUACUUCAUGAAACUCAGAGAAUAUUUGGAAGGUAGUAAUCUCAUCACAAAACUUCAAGCCAAACAUGACUUAUUGCAGAGGACUCUUGGAGAAGGUCAUAGAGCUGAAUAUAUGACUACAAGGCCUCCAAAUGUUCCCCCUAAGCCCCAGAAACACAGGAAGUCCAGACCCCGCUCACAGUAUAAUGCUAAGUUGUUUAAUGGGGAUUUGGAAACGUUCGUCAAGGACUCGGGACAGAUUAUACCCCUCAUUGUGGAAAGCUGUAUUCGGUUCAUCAAUCUCUAUGGUCUUCAGCAUCAAGGGAUUUUCAGAGUGUCUGGUUCCCAGGUGGAAGUCAAUGACAUUAAAAAUUCAUUUGAGAGAGGCGAAAACCCUUUGGCUGAUGACCAGAGCAACCACGAUAUUAAUUCAGUUGCUGGCGUUCUGAAGCUCUAUUUCCGUGGGCUGGAAAACCCCCUCUUUCCUAAGGAAAGAUUUAAUGAUCUGAUUUCUUGUAUCAGAAUAGAUAAUCUCUAUGAGAGGGCGCUUCACAUCCGCAAACUCCUCCUGACCUUGCCCAGGUCGGUCCUAAUAGUGAUGAGGUACCUCUUUGCCUUCCUCAAUCAUCUUUCACAGUACAGUGAUGAGAACAUGAUGGACCCUUAUAACUUGGCCAUUUGCUUUGGCCCUACAUUGAUGCCUGUCCCGGAAAUACAGGAUCAAGUAUCCUGCCAGGCUCAUGUGAAUGAAAUUGUCAAAACCAUCAUCAUCCACCAUGAGACUAUUUUCCCAGAUGCUAAAGAGCUGGACGGCCCUGUUUAUGAGAAAUGUAUGGCUGGAGACGACUACUGCGACAGCCCAUACAGUGAGCACGGUACGUUGGAGGAAGUGGAUCAGGACGCUGGUACAGAGCCCCACACCAGUGAAGAUGAAUGUGAGCCAAUAGAAGCCAUAGCCAAGUUUGACUAUGUUGGGCGAUCUGCCAGAGAACUGUCCUUCAAGAAGGGAGCCUCCCUGCUGCUCUAUCACCGCGCAUCCGAGGACUGGUGGGAAGGAAGGCACAAUGGGAUUGACGGGCUUGUGCCUCACCAGUACAUAGUGGUGCAAGAUAUGGAUGAUACAUUUUCAGACACUCUGAGCCAAAAAGCCGACAGUGAGGCCAGCAGUGGGCCAGUCACUGAAGACAAGUCUUCGUCCAAGGACAUGAACUCCCCAACAGACCGUCAUCCUGAUGGCUAUUUGUCCAGACAAAGAAAAAGAGGAGACCCACCCCCUCCAGUAAGGCGUCCUGGCCGGACCAGUGAUGGUCAUUGCCCCCUCCACCCCCCGCAUUCUCUUUCCAACUCCUCAGUUGACCUGGGGUCCCCAAACCUGGCCAGUCACCCCCGGGGCCUGCUGCAGAACCGUGGCCUCAACAAUGACAGUCCGGAGAGGAGGCGCCGGCCUGGCCACGGCAGUCUGACCAACAUCAGCCGGCACGACUCCCUCAAGAAAAUUGACAGCCCUCCUAUUAGAAGGUCCACAUCAUCGGGGCAAUACACAGGCUUCAAUGACCACAAGCCACUGGACCCAGAGACAAUCGCUCAGGAUAUUGAAGAGACGAUGAAUACUGCUUUGAACGAACUUCGAGAACUGGAGAGACAGAGUACAGCAAAGCAUGCCCCCGAUGUAGUUCUGGACACCUUAGAACAAGUAAAAAACUCUCCCACGCCAGCCACUUCCACAGAAUCUCUCAGCCCUUUACACAACGUUGCCCUCAGGAGCUCAGAGCCUCAGAUUCGACGAAGCACUAGCUCCUCCAGUGAUACAAUGAGUACUUUCAAGCCUAUGGUGGCACCGAGAAUGGGUGUGCAGCUGAAGCCUCCAGCCCUACGUCCAAAACCUGCUGUUCUUCCAAAAACAAACCCUACCAUAGGACCUGCACCUCCUUCCCAGGGUCCUACAGACAAGUCUUGCACAAUGUAAAAACCAACUGAGCAAGGUCAUUUGGGGAGGUGAUUAAAAAAAGAAAAUGGAUUCGUGACAAAAGUCAGCAGACCAUAACUUUCCUUAGUUUUGUGCUUAUAACUGGAGAUCUUCUGGCUUUUCUAUGUUCUUGAAUGUAAUGUCUGAAACUAGCUAAAUUUAACAUGGGCAUUUGUAUUUUGUAAUUUCUUUUUUUUUUUAGUAACUGGACGUAUGUCAUUUUAAAGACAAUAGAAACACUUAGACUUACUUGAAAAUUCAAUGCUGCACCAUUUGUAAUGAAGGCAACACCACUUUGCUCUCCAUAUUAUGCAGUGCUUCAGGUUUAGUGUAGCCUGGGUGAGUCAGAAACGUCUGGAUCCAAAGGCACAAGAAUCUGAUUUCCAGGCUUUGGAGUAUAACCAGUAUUUGUCUGUGGUACUCGGGGUAAUGGCUGAAAAGUGACAGUGGCAUUAUUUGGUAGCUGACAGUUAACACCUCUGACUCCAUAUAGGGGACAGGGUUCAGCUCAUGCGAAUAAAGACUUGCAGUUGUCACAGUGGGACCUUCAGCCCACGGCCUGAAUGAGUCGGAUGAUUGCCUCUUUCAUAACAAGUCAUUUCCCUGGGUCCAGGUUAAAGACUCAGCGGAAGGGGGUGGAAAUUCUGCAGUUAUUGCUUGAACUGAACCUGGGAAAAGGAGAGAAAGAGAGAGUCCUCCUGAGAUAUCCAUGUGACUCCUUCCAUGAGCCUGAUCGGGCCCCAAGUCCAUCCUGUGCAUUCGCAAAGGACUAGAACAUUCUCACUUUAAAGACUUUCUGGGUACACUACUCCACAAACUCCUUCCAAGAUCUGUUGUUCAAUAACUGCCUAGAAAAUAUUUCCAACUCCACCAAAUCCCUAUGUUCUCCUCUGUGGAAAUGGAGAAAGCAAACAGCACACAAGUCCUUGGUUCACUCAACCUUCUCUUCUCCUGACGAAAUGACCUUGGUUUCUUUAAACACGUACAGAGGCGUAAUGAUCCUAAAUUGAAUCCCCAGCUUUCCUCUCCUUUUGACUCUUUGAGCCAACCUAGAACUGGUACCAGAGUAAGAGCCGUGCCGGCCACGGCGGGAGGAUGACGUCAUGGUUCCAGGAUGACUUCCUCCCAAUUUUGCACCCUAGAGCCAUGACUCUUUUCUUUUUUUCAUGUGGUCUCUAUAUAACUCACAUAGUCACAUGAGCUAUUAGGAGCCCUCUUUCUCUGACAUCCUAGCGCAUAGACAAUUUUUAGUUAGCCCAUAUUUAUGCUAUAUUACCCUCUAUCUUAAAAAGGUUGUUUUGAAUUUAUGUUUUUUUUUUUUUGAGGUACAAAUCACCAUUCUCCCACCAGCAGCAACUUAUAUCAGCUGUAAAUCUAUGAGCAUUUUAUCAACUCUAUCAUUGAACUUACUGAGGAAGAGACCUUUUUUUUUUUUCUUUAAAAAUAAUAGAUGGCCACAACUAACCUCUCUGGACCACCAUUGAUUUCCUUCUAGGUUUAAUUUCAAACUGGUAGCCAACAGCAUGCCCAUCUAAGAAUUACAUAGCAUGGACUUUAUCAGCCCAUUGGUGAAUGCAUCAUGCAGGAAAGAAUGAGGAUCUGUACUAAAAUCAAGGUCAUGAGAAGAUCAUGACUUUGAUCUCUACCUCAGUUUGCCAAUCUAAACAUUCUGAUGCAGACAGAUCAAAUAGAGAUAUUGUCAUGUUA